CAGGUUUAUCUUAUCAUCCCCCAGUGGACAAAGUUCCCCAAUGAGUCCAAACAAGCAUCAUUUGUCCGUAAAACACUAAAACUGGCACUUUUGUAUUUGUUGAGAUAAGCGAUCCAUAAGCUAGAUUCUGGUGCCUAUCUGGAUCAGGUUUGUGGAUUAGGGGUCAAAUGUCCAUGUUGGGGAUACAUGAGUAUUUAACUAUACACGUUUGUCAUGAUCCACAAACAUAAAAAAUUGGCAUCCACAAACACCAAACCCAUUCAAUGCCAACUGCGUACAUUAACGGAAAUGUUCACACGGUGGACGACAAACUCCCCAAAGCCGAAGCCUUCAUUGUCAGUGACGAUGGGACUUUUUCCAAGGUCGGCGCCACCGAGGAAAUCAAGCUGAUUGCUUCAGGAAUGACAGUAAUCGAUUUAAAGGGCCAAUUCGUCAUGCCUGGAAUGCACGAUGCCCAUUGUCACUUGUUGAUGGCCUCAAAAGAAAAGCUCUUUGAGGCCAAGCUCGGAGUCUACUCUACUCCUAAAGAAAUUGUUGAGCAAUUCAAAGAGUAUAGCCAUGGUGCGUGUGCUCAUUUGAACACCGUCUCCAACUGGUUGAUUGGAAACUUCUACCACUACGCCCAGUUCGACGACAAGAAGCCCGACCGUAAGUUCUUGGACGAGGCGUUCGGUGACCAGCCCGUUGUCAUUAGAGAGUAUACCACUCACAACAUCUUUGCCAACUCCGCCGCUUUGAGAGCUGCUGGGUACGAGGAAAACCCAGUUGACCCAUGGGACGGCUAUUACGUCAGAAGAGAAGAUGGUACCAUCACCGGAGAGCUUGUAGAAGGUGCCGCUACUCGGUUGUUUAACUCAAUUCCCAAAGGUAGACUCGAAGAUAAUGUCACGGCCUUGGAGUACGGAGUUAAGAUGUCCAAUAGAUUUGGAUUUACUGCCGUCCAGGAAGCUUCGGCCAACACCAUUUACUUGGAAGCCGCUCAGCAGUUGGAGAAACAAGGCAAGAUGACCAUCAACUUGGAUGCGCACGUUGUGUUUUACGGGGUUGGUGCAUUUCCUCAGGAGAGCGUUGGUUCUUUGCACCACACCUUGUGGAACGCAAAGGACUACAAAAGUAAGCAUUUCAAUCCCAUGUUCACCAAGUGUUGGAUCGAUGGUGUGCCAUGGCACCCUCAUGAAACCCAUACCCCUUUGACCGAAGACGGGAAAGUAGACUACAACCGGUUGUUGAUUCCACAAGAGACUUUCAAGAAGUACAUUGAGAGAUUUGAUUCAGAAGGAAGAGUCUGUAAGGUUCAUGUUUGUGGACAAGGUUCGGCCCGGUUUGCCUUGGACUGUUUUGAGGCCUUGAGGAAGAAGAACCCUAACGGCCCCAAGCACGAGUUGGCCCAUAACAUGGAUGUCACCGAAGAAGAUUGUAAACGGUAUAAGGACUUGAACAUCACCGCGGAAAUGAGUCCUGCCAUUUGGCACGAUCCUGACUUCCAGCCCGAAACCAACCCCAAGAGUGUGUAUCCGUUCAACCAUUUGAAGAAGUAUGGGGCCUUGUUAACCAUUGGUUCUGACUGGGUGUUUGCUCCAGAUACUCCCAACAUUUUCCCUGGUCUUCAAGCGUUGACUGAAAACAAACAUGGCUGGGAUAUGACCAGAGAGGAAGUCAUCAAGAUGGUUACCAUCAACGGUGCCGAAGCCACUUCCAGAGAUACUACUGAAGGGACCAUUGAGUCUGGGAAGUUGGCCAACUUUGUGAUUUUGGACAGAGAUUUGACGACUGCUGAAACUAUUGCUGACACCGUGGUGUACAAAACCUACUUUGAAGGUCGGGAGGUUUACGAUUUUGCUACUGAUGAGUUGAAGCAUUUCCAGGGAAGUAUUUAAGUGUUUUACAAAAGUGAAUAAGUGUGUUUUCAAAUAAAUAACGUUAUUUUACCAAGUAAACUCAACUACUUUUAAGCUCUCUAUCAAAUCUAUAAGAAACCAUUAAUUAGUGGGGAUAUCCUUCAAACCUAUUGGCCUCAUGGUCUCAUAAUUGGCAUCAUAGAUGCUAUCUCUGUGGAACCCAUAGGAAUCCCGUUUUUCUAUCAUGCUUGAAUUUAAGUCUUCGAUUUUUGUCACUCCCAUGAACUUCAUGUUCAAAGCUAUCUCGUGUUUCAACAACUGGACCGCUUUUUUCACUCCUUCUUCCCCAUAGCAUGAAUUAGCGUACAAGAAGGCUCGGCCCAAACCAACACCUUUGGCACCUAAACAUAGGGCCUUGAUAACGUCGGUUCCUCUGCGAAUACCUCCAUCGAUGUAGAUUUCAAUCUUCUUAUCCAAAUUCUUAGCCCUCAAAAUGGGCAUAACUUCGGCCAACACGUCAACAGGUGCUCUAGAAAAGUCCAACUGUCGGCCUCCAUGGUUUGACAACACCACGGCAUCCACCCCAUGUUCUACCGCAAGAAGAACGUCUUCUGAGCGCUGGACACCUUUAAUGGCAAUAGGUAUAUCGGAA